AUGUCUUCCUACGAUGGCUCGCGGUCCGCCCGCCAGUCCAAGCGGUACUCCAUGUCGGCGUUGUACAUGUCCAUGUCCGCCCAGGAGACUGAUUUGGAGAUUGAAGACGAUCUUGCCAAAGCGCAAAAGAUACUACGUGAUCUGAAAUCGAAAAUCUCCUCUCAGUCUAAAAAGAACUUCGUCCUCGAAAAGGAUGUGCGAUAUCUAGAUUCCCGAAUUGCCCUAUUGAUCCAGAAUCGCAUGGCCCUGGAAGAACAAAAUGAAGUUGCCAGCCACCUCGAAGAUGCCACCGAAAUGCAGGAGGGCGUAUUCCCUAACGACGACAAAACCCAAAAAUAUGGAAACUUGCUGUUUCUACUUCAGUCUGAACCCAGACAUAUCGCGCACUUGUGUAGACUGGUAUCAAUGGCCGAGAUUGACUCGCUGUUGCAGACAGUCAUGUUCACCAUUUAUGGAAACCAGUACGAGAGCCGUGAAGAACAUCUCCUGCUGACCAUGUUUCAGUCUGUUCUCACCUAUCAAUUUGACAAUACCCCUGAAUACUCUUCCCUUCUUCGCGCAAACACCCCAGUAUCCCGAAUGAUGACCACAUACACGAGAAGAGGUCCUGGCCAAAGUUUUCUGAAGUCGGUCCUCGCCGAUAGGAUCAACGGAUUGAUCGAGCUUCAUGAUCUUGACUUGGAAAUCAACCCCCUGAAGGUGUACGAGCGCAUGAUCGAGCAAAUCGAACAAGAUACUGGUAGCCUCCCCGCGUCUCUUCCUAAGGGGAUCACCGCGGAGCAGGCAGCAGAGAACCCCCAGGUUCAAGCCAUCAUUGAGCCUCGCUUGACGAUGCUGACGGAGAUCGCCAAUGGGUUUCUCACAACUAUUAUUGAUGGAUUGGAGGAAGCACCAUAUGGCAUCAGGUGGAUCUGCAAGCAGAUUCGAAGCCUCACAAAGAGGAAGUACCCGGACGCCAAUGAUCAGGCUAUCUGCACCCUCAUCGGAGGUUUCUUCUUCCUGCGCUUCAUCAACCCCGCAAUCGUAACACCCAAGUCCUAUAUGCUCAUCGACGGCACCCCUGCAGAGCGGCCGAGGAGAACCCUGACGCUGAUCGCGAAGAUGUUGCAAAAUCUCGCCAACAAGCCAUCAUAUGCAAAGGAGCCAUAUAUGGCCAAACUGCAGCCCUUCAUUCAGUCGAAUAAGGAUCGUGUCAACAAGUUCAUGCUUGAUCUAUGUGAGGUCCAAGAUUUCUAUGAGAGCUUGGAGAUGGACAACUAUGUCGCUCUCUCGAAGAAGGAUCUCGAGCUCUCUAUCACUCUUAAUGAAAUCUACGCCAUGCACUCCCUUAUUGACAAACAUGGCGGAGAACUCUGCAAGGACGAUAACUCUCAUCUCGCCAUCAUCAUUCGGUGGGAGACUGCAAUUGAUGACCUGACAGCAGCUCUUGAUAUCACUCAGGAAGAGGUGUAUUUCAUGGAGGCGAAGUCUAUCUUCGUGCAGAUCAUGCGAUCUAUCCCGCAGAACACGUCGGUGGCGCGAAGACCGCUUCGUCUGGAGCGUAUUGCAGAUGCAGCAGCCACAUCCCGAAAUGAUGCGGUUAUGGUCCGCAAAGGUAUUCGAGCGAUGGAGCUGUUAAGCCAACUGCAAGAGCUGAGAGUGAUUGAUAAGUCCGACCAGUUCAGCUUGUUGCGUGAUGAAGUGGAGCAGGAGUUGCAACAUCUCGGCUCUCUGAAGGAGGGUGUAAUUUCAGAGACCUCGAAGCUCGAGGAAGUGUACAAGACCAUCCGAGACCAUAACACAUAUCUGGUUGGCCAGUUGGAGACGUACAAGAGUUACCUCCACAACGUGCGGAGCCAGAGCGAGGGCACUCGACGUAAACAGCAGAAGCAACAGGUGCUCGGUCCAUACAAGUUUACUCACCAGCAGCUGGAGAAGGAAGGUGUCAUUCAGAAGAGCAACGUGCCCGACAACCGAAGGGCCAAUAUCUACUUCAACUUCACUAGCCCUCUUCCUGGUACCUUUGUUAUUUCCCUGCACUACAAGGGACGGAACCGUGGCCUCUUGGAGCUUGAUCUCAAGCUUGAUGACUUACUCGAGAUGCAAAAAGACAAUCAAGACGACCUUGACUUGGAAUACGUCCAGUUCAACGUCACAAAGGUUUUGGCUCUCCUCAACAAGCGUUUUGCGCGGAAGAAGGGGUGGUAA